CAAAUCAGCAUGAUGUUUCCAAAGGUUAUACUCUAUCUGCCCAGUCAGUGUGGGUGGCAUCUGGUCUCUGUGUGGAAAUUCCCUGUACAUUUACUGUUCCUGCCACUGAAACUUUAUCUACACGUGUCACAGGGAUUUGGCAUAAAAAAAUGGCUUGUAGCUUCAUUGCAGCCUCAACAAAUAACUGUAUAGUUUCUAAACGAACAAAAGGCCGAUUCACCCUGACUGGGAAAGUACAUGAGGGAGACUGCUCAUUCUCUAUCAGCAAUGCCCAACCAGCCGAUCAAGGAGAAUAUGAAUUCCGAAUUGAAGCCGGAUCCCUUAAAUAUUCCUAUAGUCGGUACAGGCUCAGUGUGAGUGUGACAGAUCUACCAGAACCUACUAUAUCCCCUGUGGGGGAGCUGAUCGCUGGGAAGCCAAUAACACUGACUUGUACGGCUCAUCCAGCACCUCAAGGGUGCAAGGGAAACAUCACAUGGGGAGGAAGGAUAAACAUAGAGAACAUAUCUAACUAUGAGCGGGAGGAUCAGGCUGGUAAAGUCACCUCCAUAUCAGAUAUCACUGUUACUCCAUCCCAGAGAGAGCACAAUAGCCCCCUAACAUGUACAGUGACUUACAGUGGGGUCUCCACUAACAGCAGCAUCACCCUGGGUGUUCAGUUUCCUCCAGAAAUGAAAAUUACAGUUUCAGGAUAUAAUGGAACUUAUGAAAACAAAUCAGUGACUGUGAUAGAGGGAGACACAAAGCUUCUCCGAUGUGAAGUAAACAGCAACCCAGUGGCUGAAAUUUCCUGGGGGAGAGGAGAUGAGAUUCUUAGUGAAACAUCUGGGCAGGGUGUGACUCUUGCACUGGAGAAUGUAUCAGUUGCUGAUACUGUAACCUACACGUGCUUAGCAAGGAAUACUCACGGGUCCGUCUCUGGGACUGUUAGUGUCACUGUAGCAUAUGCCCCAAGAAGACCAACUAUUUCAAACUGCACAUCAAAGGGUUGCCGGGUUGAAGCCAUAGAAGGAACCUCCCUGUCCCUGCUCUGCUCUGCUGAAAGUAACCCUCCUGCCAACCUGUCCUGGGCAAAAAUGGGUCAGAACAGCACCGACCCCCUAAAUUCCUCAAGUGGGAGAUUUGAUGUUUCUCAUGUAACCACUGAUAAUGGGGGAGAUUAUAUGUGCCGGGCAAGGAAUAAACAUGGGAAUUCAACAGUAUCAGUCACAGUUGUUAUCAUUUAUGCUCCAAGAAGACUAACUAUUAACUACUGCACAAUAAAUGAUUGCUUCGAGGAAAAAAACUCUUCUGUUGAAGUCUUAAAGUCUGUUGAAGUGUUAGAAGGAAACUCCCUGUACCUGCAGUGCGAUGCUGACAGUAACCCUCCGGCAAAUGUGUCCUGGAUAAAACCUUUACAGAACAUCACCCAACCGUUACUCUCAGCGCAACUGAAUGUGACCAAUGCGACCUCUCAAAAUGGAGGGAAUUAUAUGUGCUGGGCAACAAACAGAGUUGGAAAUGAAAGUAAAUCUAUUACUGUGGUUAUCAAAUCUCUCACAAAUGAUAAGAUCCAUCGUGAAGGGUUAAUGUUUGGUGGAAUUUUUCUCCUACUCCUCGCUGCCAUAGUAAUUGUAACAGUUCUGGUUAUGCGAUACAAGAAAAAGAGGAGGCCACCAGAGCUGGUUGAAGAAAAUACAAGUUCAUCACCAAAUAAUUAUGAAGCGGUUUACGCCAAUAUAGACAGAAGAACAGCCCAGGAACCCAGCAUGGGUCUCAGCUCUCCAAAUGAAGGUGAAAGCCCUGAUGAAGAACUGCAAUACGUGACCCUUGAUAUCUCAAAGUUAAAACCAAAAAGUUCUCCAGAAACACAAGAGACUUUAUAUACAGAAGUCAAACGGAACUAACACAGAUAAUGAGAGGAUGCUCAGCAAUGGCAUUUUGCACUUUUCUAUUUUUUUUUUUACUUUUCUUUGGCAUAAAUGUUAAUCACCCAUCUCAUAACUGUCGUGUUUUGUAUUGCAAAUAUGGAUUCAGCUAUUUACCACAGCCAGGUAAAUAAGGACAACCAGUUCUUUUCCAGAGACGAAGCACUUUACUAAGAUUUUCAGGUCCAGAGACAGCAAGUGGUAACAGCUCUUUCAGAAUGUGCCGGUUAUAUUGUAUAGGGUAUAGCCAGCAAAAGGCUUUUCCCUGUGCUCUAACUCAUUAAGGGCAAAACAAGUAUCCAGUGAACAAUUUACUAUUACAUUGUUCAGACAAGAAAAAGUUAAGUCAUCUUUGUAACAAGUU